AUCAAUAUGUAUCCUCACUUUCAAUUCCAGUUUCAAUUGCAUUUGCACCUGCUAUCGCUAUUGCUAUUCAUCCCGUCUCUGUUCUUAUCAUCAUCCUCAUCACUUGUUUCCGCCGAACAGCACCAGCUCCAACCACCACAACUACAACCUCAACAACCUCAACAAGAGCAACACCAACAGGUCCAGCACCAACGAACCCUCUACGCAUCGCACUACAGCGGCUAUGUCUACUCUCUUAGCCUAACCCUGACCUUGAACCACAACAACAUCGACAACAACAACAUCGACAUUAUCGACAACAACGACAAUGAUAUAUUUUCAGAAACACUAACACAAACCUCCUCCCUCCAAACCUGCGGGGAUCUACCAAGCUGGCUCACUUACGACUCCUCAACGCGCACUUUGUACUGCGUCGACGAGAGCUAUGCAGAGGGGAGGAAUGGGUCUUUGACUGCGUUGGCAGCCGUCGGAGACGGGUCGCUCAUCGAGCUAGCAAAGACGGAGACGAGGGCUGGUGGUGUUGCCAGCACUAUAUAUACUGACAAUAACACAGGGAGGAAGUAUGUUGCUAUUGCGCAUUAG